AUGCCCAGCCGCACGUCCAUGUCAGAGUCGUCAGUCACAAACCUCCUGAGGGAGAGCGGGAGCGGUGCGUGCCUGGACAUGCAGGUGAUCAACACGGUGCGGAGCCGCCGGGACAAGGAGGACGGUAGCAGCACCCGUAAGAGGAGCAGGGAUGGAGGAUGCUCCGUGGGGCCAGCUGCUCACCCUGUGUCUCUUUGCCUCUCCCUCGGCCAGUACAAGGCCAGCUACAGCCGUCACUUCAUCUCUCCAGAUAAACAAGAGCGCCAAGACAAAGAAAUCUUCCGGCAGAACAUGAAGAGGCGUCUGGAGACCUUCAAGUCCACAAAGCACAACGCCUGCUCCUCCAAGAACAAGGCCAGGCUGAAGGAAAAGGGCAGGAAAAAGAACAUCUCUCUGAGCAGCGAGGCUCCCAACGGGAAGACGCACAGAAACGUCCCAUGGCAGGAGGCGGGUAAGGCCGGUGGCAGGCGAGUUUUGCAGGCCCUGGCAAGGGGAGCUGGUGGGGUGGGAGCAGUCUGCUAGCACCAAGUCCUUCUCCCGUGGGUGCAGUCCCUCCCAGACAGGGCGCCCCAUCCUUCAAACCAGCUCCCUCCGUCUGUUGCAGCUCCUGUCCUGGUGAUGGUCAGCUCCGAGGAGGAGGAGAGCGAUAGCUCGGAGACAGAGAGAGAGGACGAUGAAGGGAUCGUAUUCAUCGCUCGAGCCACCGAUGAGAUCCUGCAGGGAAAGGCAACUCCUGGCAGCCUGGACGUCUGUCCCAGCCCUUGCAUCAUCCCGCCAUCGCCCACCUUGGCAGAGAAAGAGCUGCCAUGGAAAGGAGACCAGGCUGAUCUGGCUGUUUAUGUCUCCUUGGAGACCACCAAAAUCGUGCCAGUGGAUAUGCAGAAGGCGUGGAACCAAAGCAUCUCCUCCCUAGAGAGCAUCGCUUCCCCCCCAGGCAUCGAGAGCGGACCUCAGCACAGGAGAUUCGCCUGCCCUGUGCUGGAGGAGCAGCCCCAGUCUGCCAGCCAGGCGAUGCUGGAGCAGAGCUCCUGUUUCCAGUUCCCCAGCAACGUCUCCAAGAGCGGCCGGUCGCAGAGUGACAGCAGCCCGGACGGCGCAGAGCAGCAGGAGCUGCAGCCUUUGAUGGCCACGGAGGAGCAGGGCAGGAUGCUGCCCACCGCGGAGCCCAG